AUUGUGGGGUAAUGAAAGCGGCAGGAAAAAGGUGGAGAGGAGGGAAUCCGAGAGAUGCGGACAUUGAGAUGUUUGCGGAGUGUGUCGGAACUCGCUGCAAGGGGCGCUGUUCCUGCUGCCUGCCUGGUGGCCGGGCUGGUUGCUUUCACAGUGUUACUGUCCUACAUUUCGUCUGGUGAGGCCGAGCUGUAGUUGGUGUGGGAGAAAGGAGAGAAGCCAGGGAGUAGGCGUACGAGGACGAGGAGAAGGCUACUGGUACUGCUACUAUGUCUUCUGCAUGCAGGUAUUGUUUUGCUGCGGAUCGUGGUGGGUCUUCGGGUCGGGUCGGUUCUGAGCGGAUCGACUCGGGCUAGCGAGUGGGAGAGUCUCCAGUGUCGUUACUCUCGGGUUUCAACUUUCAAUCAAUGCUGAGUUUACAGUACUGUUGCUGCAGAGGCAGCAUCCAAUUUCUCCGUCCAUCUAGUUCCGAACUUUUUUGGGGAAGAAGAAUUUGCUUGGCCAUGAAGAAGGACGUGGGAAGGGAGAGAAGAUUAUUGCGUCCUUGGAAUUGGAGAGUAGAGCUCGGAUGUCAGACGGAUGAAACUCCUUUUAGACAUGCUCCUCAAGGAACCACCACAUACUCUUCUUGCUUUCUGGACUCGGAGACUUCACCGGAGUCAUCAUGCUCCCAGGAUUUGCAUUCUUAGCAAUCUCAUAGAGCGUACCGCUCAAUCUCAAUCCUGUUCUUAGAAUCUGCUCUGUGCGUGCACUUGAAGAGUUGCAGGUCAUAGGUGAUCAUGAACAUCUCCGUGCUCCUUUACCUCUUCCUGUUGACAUUUUUAAGCGUGUAUUCAAAUGGUCAAGACAUUCGAAAUCCCGAAGUGGUGGCGCUAAUAACUAUGAAAAAGAACUGGGUAUCUACUACCCCUGACUUCCUCAAGAGCUGGGAUCAGUUUGGAACAGACCCAUGUAGUUUCUCCCAUGUCACUUGUGGUGUCAACAAGUCCGUAUCUCGACUAGAAUUGCCGAAUCAGCGCAUAAGUGGGGUAUUAUCGCCGUGGAUUGGGAACUUGUCAAAUCUGCAAUACUUGACAUUUCAAAACAAUAACUUGACUGGCAUUAUCCCCGAAGAGAUUAAGAACCUAGAACAGCUCCAAACACUGGAUCUAUCAAACAACAGCUUCACAGGCAGCAUACCCGCUUCACUGGGUCAGCUAAAAAGCGCCACCCAAUUAAUGUUGGACUACAACCAAUUGAGCGGGCCUAUUCCGGAAACUCUGUCGGCGUUAUCUGGCUUGAAACUUCUGGAUCUUUCCUACAACAAUUUGAGCGGACUUGUUCCAAAUAUAUCUGUUACCAAUUUCAACUUGGCAGGAAAUUUUCUCCUUUGUGGAUCUCAAGUAUCCCGAGAUUGUCCUGGUGAUCCUCCACUCCCGUUGGUACUUUUCAACACAUCGAAGAGCGAUUCAUCGCCAGGCUACAACAAAGGCGCAUUAGUAUGCGGGCUCUCUGUGGGCGCUUCGUUUCUCAUCGCAUCAGUGGCCUUUGGGAUUGCCUGGUGGCGAAGACAUCAUGCGAAGCAAGUGUUCUUUGAUGUCAACGAGCAGGAAAAUCCCAACAUGACAUUGGGUCAGUUGAAGAAGUUUUCUUUCAAAGAACUGCAAAUUGCCACGAACAACUUUGACAACAACAAUAUUCUUGGGAGGGGGGGCUUCGGUAACGUGUACAAGGGAGUUCUCUCAGACGGGUCCUUAGUAGCGGUGAAACGCCUUCGUGAAGAAGGGACACCAGGUGGCGAAGUUCAAUUCCAGAUGGAAGUUGAGAUGAUAAGCCUGGCUGUACACCGAAACUUAUUGCGCCUGAGGGGUUUCUGCAUGACACCAACAGAACGGCUCCUUGUGUAUCCUUAUAUGCCAAAUGGGAGUGUUGCAUCUCGCUUGCGAGCUGAUUCUAUCUUCAAGAAAUCUGUACUAGACUGGCCCACACGCAAGAGGAUCGCACUAGGGUCUGCACGGGGACUAUUGUACCUUCAUGAGCAUUGUGACCCUAAGAUUAUCCAUCGUGAUGUGAAGGCAGCCAACGUGCUGCUGGAUGAAGAUUUCGAGGCUGUCGUUGGAGACUUUGGCCUUGCAAAGCUGCUGGAUCAUAGGGACUCGCAUAUCACUACUGCCGUUCGAGGCACAGUGGGCCACAUUGCACCAGAGUAUCUCUCGACAGGACAAUCAUCGGAGAAGACGGAUGUUUUUGGAUUUGGCAUCCUGUUGUUGGAGCUCAUAACCGGCCAGAGAGCAUUUGACUUCGGACGUAUUUCAAGUAAUCAAGACGUGAUGCUUUUGGACUGGGUGAAGAAACUACAACAUGAGAAGCGAUUGGAUCUGCUCGUCGAUGUUGACCUAAAGCAGAAAUAUAACAAAGUAGAGUUAGAAGAAAUGGUGCAAGUUGCUUUGCUUUGCACGCAAGUGUCCCCCACUGAUCGGCCCAAAAUGGCAGAGGUCGUACGAAUGCUCGAAGGUGAUGGUCUGGCUGAACGCUGGGAGACGUGGCGUAGAUCUGAAAGCCGACGCAGUACAGAAGCUUUGCAAAUGCCUCGAAAAUACUAUGAACUUGUGGAAGAUUCAACUUUUGACCUGGAAGCUAUACAACUUUCUGGGCCUAGGUAAGACCCAGAAGGUGACCCUUCAGUAAUGAUUCGAUCGCCAAGAGAAACUGCGUGAUUCCCCACCAAGUUGGUGACCAGAAUCUUACAGUGUGAAAAGAUUCUUCAGUCCCAAGCCAUUAGCAGCAAGACAACAACCACCGAAGCCUACAGAAGAAAGUCAUUACUUUCGAUACAUCUUCUCCAAAUGCUGAAGAGCAACACUCGCACAACCAUAAUGACAUCAGCUGGAAAGAUCCAGUGGCCACGGGGUCGGGACGAUUGACAUCGUCGUAGCAUUUUAUAGUUCACACUCUCUGUUGACACGCACAUGUCGAUUUGAGGCAUGAUUACAACAGAUCCAUCUUGUCGGCGUGAUUUCACCUUCACAGAUGUGCCAUUCGCAGAUCAAGGUUUGUGGGUGUCUAGGAGUUUUGUAUGAGAUGACUGGCAGGAUCAGCGAAGGCCUCAUUGUACCAUCUGCCUCGAUGAAAAUCUUCAGUGGAAUGACCACGGAACUGUGUACAUCUGCCUCGAGCGUGAAACUGAUUGCAAUUUUAUUCUGGUCUUGCUAACUUCUAUGUCUAGUCUUCUCCGUACUUGAUCAGUAUGAUUGAGGGAGGGUACAAGCACGUCCGUGAGACAUUAAGGUACACGGAGUAUCAUGAGUAAUCUAAAACCCAUCCGUAACUGAGCAGACCUGGAACAGUAUGAGGUUAGACGUUGCUUUCCAACUGUUAUGAAAACAUUGUCAGUAACCAAUUCACUUGAAAGACCCUGUCAAGCUUAAAACCUACUCUCGGCUUGGAACGAGACCUGCAUGCACACGCAGGGCAGGGAAAAGACAAUACACCCGGAAUGCAAAGCUGCAGACCGUGAAGAUAGAAGAUGACGUUGUCA